AUGCAACAAAGGGAACAUCUGAUUUUGGCGACGAAAGAAGUGAUAAGAGAUUUUUCUGAUGAAAACUGUAUUUAUUUGGAGUUACGAACGACUCCUAAAAAUACUCAGUGGAUGGAUAAACGGGAAUAUGUUGCAGCGAUUUUAGAAGGAUUUCGUAUAUCUCAACUUCUUUAUCCUAAAAUUGUUGUUCGAUUAAUACUGAGUGUUGACAGAAAGCAAAGUAUUGAAGAUGCAAAGGAUACGAUUGAAUUAGCACUGGAAAUGAGUUCGGUCAAAGAUCCAUUAGUGAUUGGUGUUGAACUCAGUGGUGAUCCAAGGAUCGAUGCAAGAAAAUUUUUACCUUUAUUUUCCAGUGCAAAUGAGCGAGGCUUAUCAAUCAUUUUCCAUCUUGCCGAAAUGAGGGAGCAUCUCGAUGAAUUAUAUGACUGCCUUUUAUGCAAACCUAGUCGCAUCGGACAUGGAACAUAUAUUCAUACAAACACGGAUAAAAAUGGACAAAACUUAUGUUUAGAAUAUGUUACUAAACAUAGAAUACCAAUCGAAAUCUGUUUAACAUCGAAUUCAAUUUGCAAUACAAAUUCUUACAAAGAAAGUCAUCUUAAUUACUAUCUUAUGAACAAUCAUCCCUUUGUAUUAUGUACUGAUGAUCGUGGCUUAAUGAACUGUACGCUUUCUGGCGAAUAUAUUAUAGCUUCUGAAACAUUUGGUUUAUCACGUCAAAAGCUUUUUAAUAUUGCUGUUGAAUCAUUCAAGUCUUCACUUGUUCAUAAGAUUGGCUCAAAAAGCCUCAUUGAUUCGAUUUUUGCAAAAUUUAUUCAGUUUGCUGAGCGAGAAAACUUAUUAUUAUAG